GAAUGUGCCUUAUAUAAUGUUACCCAGUACAAAACAUUUAUAAAUUGCUUCCGACAUGACAGAGAAAAAAAUCUCUACCAGAUUUGAGAGACCAGUGUUGGUCCCCAUUGAAGGUGUGCCAGUUCAGUCCAACUUUGCAGCAAACUGGGACCGGGUGAAGGUGUUCCAAGCUCAGCCUGAUGACCUACUAAUAGCAACUUAUACCAAAGCAGGCACAACAUGGAUCAGUGAAAUUGUGGACAUGAUUAACAAUAACGGAGAUACUGAGAUAUGCAGACGGGGUCCUACCCAUGAAAGGGUCCCCUAUCUGGAGUUUGGAGGACCUAACCCCCUACCAAUAGGAAUAGAACAAGCAAUCAACAUGCCUUCCCCACGGAUAAUAAAGACCCAUUUUCCUUAUCAGUUAGUUCCAAAGUCCUUCUGGGAGCAGGACUGCAAGGUGAUUUAUGUUGCACGUAAUGCCAAGGAUAAUGCAGUGUCCCUUUACCAUUUUAAUCGGAUGACUUGUCUUCAAGUUUUUUCAGGCACAUGGGAGGAGCACCUGGAAAACUUCAUGAAAGGAAAUCUAUCGUUUGGAUCGUGGUAUGAUCAUGUGAGAAACUGGUGGGAAAACAAGGACCGGCAUCGGAUGCUGUACAUGUUUUAUGAAGAUAUGAAAAAGGUUCUGUCGCAGACUGGAAGAAUUACUUCACUGUGGCCCAAAAUGAGAGGUUUGAUGCGGAUUAUAAAAAGAAGAUGUCGGGAACCACUCUUAAAUUUGUAUCUGAGUUCUGAAAGGGAGCAACGAAUCCAAGAUCUAGAAAAUGCAAUAGUGCCAUCAAAGCUAACAAAUCAGGUCUGCUUCAGCUGAAGACUAAAAGGAAAUAUUAUGUAUCUCAGGAUAUAAUGUGUCUCUGGAGAGAUGCUGACAUCUAGUAAAACUGCAACUUCCUGCCUUUACCAGACUCGUAAUUUUGCUGUAUAGAAAUGGUAAUUUUAUUAACAAAGACUGUGAAUGCAAUCCGUAGUUAAAGGGCUGUAGCUUUUCCACAACGUAAGACAAAAUGAAGGGGAGCAGGUUUGCCAGUUUCUUGACUUCUGAAUGCAAUUUAUUAACAUCCUUCAGCAAAUGCCACUGUUCAUUAAACAGGAAUUAAUCUCCUGCACUGAGUACAGGGAGUGGUCACUGUGAGAAAUAUGAGGUUUGCCAUGCAAUCUGUUUUUUUUUUAAUGUCUAAACAAAAUGUUGCCAUUCAAACACAAUGAAACAUAAUAUAAAACUCAAACAACCUUCAUUUAUUACGUAGUAAUUGCUACUGAUUCAUUUGUGCACUUCUUUAAAAUUCAAGCAUUGUACUACAUAAAAGCACAAUUCCUCUGCUGGAAAACACAAUUUAGGCUGGUUCCAAUAUUCUAAAUGGUAUUUUUUAGUUCAUAUACAAGCCAAAUAUUUUUUAGUUUGUUGGGAAUGCAACGCAGAUUGAAUCUUCAUUAUUGAAUGUCUGAAAUAAAUGGAACACUUCAUUUCAA